CCCGCCCCCGCGCUUCGCCGCUGCCCGCCGCCCGCCGAGGUGAGCCCGGAGCGCGGGCCGCGCCCGCCGCCCCGACCCCUUCCACAUCUGGGAAACCACCGCCCGAGCCUGCGGCCCCUUCCUGCCUGCCGCGCUCCUCAGCCCUCGCUUCCCUGCUCUCGGGCCGGACCGCUCAUUCGCUCCAUCCCUGGCCCCUUUCCUUCACCUCCUUCUGGCUUCUGCUCCCCUCCCCCUCCCCCCUCCUUCCUCUUUUCGUCUCAUGACCCCCUCCCCCCACUUUCUUCCUCUCACCUUUCACGCUCUUUUCUAGGCCCCUCUCCUUUUUUUCUUAAAGAAAGCAAACCCCCUAUUGCUGCAAAGAGAAUUUUGAGCGUAACUCUUUUCGCUAAUGCGAGAGACCUUUUAAAGAAAUGAAUCAGUGUGCGGGAAUAGCGGUGGGGAGACCCAGGUGCUCAGUGUCUGGGAAGUCUGACCGAGAGGUCCCUGUUCUGUCGUUUCACUCGGGUCGUCACUUUGGAGAUACUGAGGGUUUCUGAAGCAAGUGGGUCUAUGUUUCGCCCUUCAAGUCCAAAUAGACGACCGCAGUGAGACGCGGUGCGGGGACGGCCACAGAUCAGUGAGUGGGAAUUGUAUUAUCAUUUGCUAAAUAUAUUGUGACAUACCCCAUGCCUCCGUGAACAGCUCCCUUGACCUUGUGCGGCUCUUCCUCCCUCGCUCUCUGUCCCCGUCUGAAAUUCCCCUGAGACAUCACCGAAAAAGACAGGACGGACUCCAAUGUGAGGAUGGCUGUGACUUUGGAAGAAGCUCGGUGGCUGGGCUGGAUCUUGGUGAAAGCACUGAUGAGGUUCGCCUUCAUGGUCGCAAACAACCUGGUUGCUGUUCCAUCCUACAUCUGCUAUGUAAUCAUACUUCAGCCCCUUCGAGUGCUGGACAGUAAGCGGUUCUGGCAUAUUGAAGGAAUCAUGUAUAAGUGGCUUUUAGCAAUGGUGGCUUCCUGGGGAUGGUAUGCUGGAUAUACAGUGAUGGAAUGGGGGGAAGAUAUUAAAGCAAUUUCAAAAGAUGAAGCAAUGAUGUUGGUGAAUCAUCAGGCAACAGGAGAUGUGUGCACUCUGAUGAUGUGCCUCCAGGACAAAGGAAUGGUUGUUGCUCAAAUGAUGUGGUUGAUGGAUCAUAUCUUUAAGUAUACAAACUUUGGAAUUGUUUCUCUAAUUCACGGAGACUUCUUUAUAAGACAGGGAAAAUCUUAUCGUGACCAACAGCUGCUUCUUCUCAAGAAGCACCUAGAAAAUAAUUACAGGAGCAGAAAUCGAAAAUGGAUUGUUUUGUUUCCAGAAGGGGGCUUCCUCAGGAAGAGGCGAGAAACAAGUCAGACAUUUGCCAAGAAAAAUAACUUGCCAUUUCUUACACACGUCACUCUGCCAAGGUUUGGGGCAACAAAAAUUAUUUUGAGUACACUUGUAGCACGACAGGAAAAUGGAAAUCCAGCAGGAGGAGAUGCUAAAGAAUUAGACAGCAAAUCAAAAGGCCUCCAGUGGAUAAUAGAUACAACUAUAGCUUAUCCCAAAGCUGAACCUAUAGAUAUUCAAACCUGGAUCCUUGGAUAUAGGAAACCAACAGUCACACAUGUACAUUACAGGAUCUUUCCAGUUAAAGAUGUACCUCUGGAGACUGAUGACCUUACCAAUUGGCUCUAUCAGCGGUUUAUUGAAAAAGAGGACCUCUUAUCUCAUUUUUAUGAAACAGGAGCUUUUCCACCUCUAAAGGGCCAUAAGGAAGCUGUUUCCAGGGAAAUGACCCUCAGCAACAUGUGGAUAUUUCUCAUACAGUCUUUUGCGUUUUUGUCAGGCUAUAUGUGGUACAACAUCAUUCGGUAUUUUUACCAUUGCCUGUUUUAGGAAUUGACUUUGGACUUGUCAAAGUCACCACCAUAGGAGUUCAGACUUUCAUAAGUGUGAAAUAUUUUACAUGUGCAAAUCAGAAUAUAUAAAAAAGAAGCAAAGAAAAUUCAAUGGAUGGAUUAAUAUUUAUCCCCCUUUGGGAUAUUUUAAAAUUCUACUACAAUGAGGAUCAGUAAUAUACCUGCUAAUAUAUUUUAAGAACUUUUCAUGUUUUAAAAAGAUACACUCUACCCCAUAUAUAAGCAAACAUCACAUUUGGAGAAGAGGAAAUUAUAAAACCAUCCUAGAAGACUAUCCGAGAGAAAUUCUGUUGCCACCAGAUAUACAGUAAUUGAUCAUUUAGUUCCAGCUCAGAAAGUUGUACUCAUCCUCUUAGCUAGUAGUGUAUGUUAGGGCAGUUCUCUAGAGCACCGCCAUUCCCACCACCUCAUGCUGCGUUACUAGUAACCUGGAGGGGAGCUGCUUGGCACCUUCUGAAGAACUGUUUCCCUGUCAUUUGCAGUAACAAACUCCAGUCCUCAACAGUUAACUGAGGUACGGUGUUGGCAUUCUCUGUGGGGGAAAAGCAGUGUUCGCCAAACCCAUUCUGGUACGAGAAUGUGUCCUUUACAAAAGCUAGCUCAGCCCAACACCUUGUUUACAUGCUCUAGUGCUUUCCCUUGUAUGAGUGCGGGGUCACCUAAUUUCUCUUUUUGUGUAGAAGGCAUAUCAUAGACUGAUAAUUGUAUUUUAUAAAAUGCACUUUUAUCAGAUGCAAAUAUAGCAAAGUAAUAUAGCCUGAAAACCAGUGUAAGCAGAAUCAGUGAGUCGGAUUCUUGAGAGGCUGUCUUGUCUCUGCGUGUUUUUUGUCUGCUGAUGUUCUCCAGUGCUACCCUGCAUCAGGCACCACCCUGACAGGAUGCCUCUAUUUGUAGCUUAGAGGCUUUUUUUUUUUCUUUUCCAUUUUGGCAUUAGCACUAAAUGCAUUUGGGGAUGGUUGAAAGAAAUUAAUGUAAAGCAUUUAAAUGAUCAAUUUAAGGGGAAAUAGGCUAGUUUAUUAGAAAAAUAAGGCUGGUGGCUUAUAGCGACAAGUUCUCACAUGGUAUUCCCAGAACCUGUGCAGAUGGUAGCCUGUAGUAAUAUCAAGGUGCCUCCCCUCUCAGGGUGAAUGUAACCAGGAGAGAGACCAGCACAGAAGGCUUCUCAGUCUCUUCCAAUUGCUUUUGAAGAGUAUAAAGUCAAGCUUCUAUUUUUAGAAAACCUUUUUUAUUUGUCACUAUGUUCAUGUGAUUUACCUCACAGGGGAAUUGAACUCUUCUUGAAAAGUGCUGGUAGUGCAUCAGUGUUGAGAUAGAGUAUGUUUUUUGGUUAGGAUUGUAAGACUGUUAAGAUCCUAGCAAGUCAGUGGUAGUUUUCUGUGAUAUGAGCAUUGUAGAUUCCCCUGUUGUCACUAAUCACACAAAUAACAAUUCUGAGAAGUAGGCUAUAAAACAAACAUAAAUGCUUAUGUCUUCUGUUUUUUUAUUUAAAAACCAAAAAACUGAAAGGAUGUGAAUUUUCCCACAAUUAUGUGGGAAAGGUAAAGCAACACCAAAUACAAGCCCACAGCAGCUUCAUCUUCAGGAUAACUCAGUGUGUAUGUGAAAGAGAACUGAAAUACCUCAUUGAAUAUUACACUACUGGUAAAAUGCAGAAGACAGUGUUAAUGCAUUUCAUUUGGUAAUCACUGUUAUAAAAUGAAAUUUUCUUGAAACCUGAGCAUUUCACUAUGUGUUCUACAGUGACAAGUGAAUAAGUGAAACCAAUCUCAAUUUAGAGAUAUGGAUAUUAGGAAACCAGGUAGCAGCUUAACGAUACUUAUAUUUGAGGCCUACUAAAUCACAAGAUGAAAUUGUUCAUUUGAGAGGUUAAUCAGACAUCUGGGGGAGAAGUUGCUCACUGUCAAGCAUAACAUGCACAGUCCUAGCUAAUAGACCUUUUCCUCAUUGCUUAAGCGAGCUACCAGGUAGAAUGACCAGUUCUCCUAUCCAAAAAAAAUGCACACAUGCAUCCAUAAAUGUGACUUAGGGCCACUUUUGCCAUCACUCCAAAGGAACAUGAUAUUGUUAAGUAUACUCUGCACAUAUUAAGCAAACCAUCCCGUAAGAUGCUUUACUUUUCAAGCACAGUGUCAUUUCCACAGCCUCUAAGGUGACAAAUAGCAAUAGAUAUGCGAGUUAAUUUUUGAAAAUAGAUUUGUGAGUUGUAAAUAGAUGUGUAUUUGAUCUGCCCUAUCCCUCUUUGAUUCUUUAUCAACAUGCUGUCUCUCUUCUGUUUGAAAAUAAGUUUGUUUGAGAGCAUUCAUAAUGCUUUCCUUAUCAGUAACUGGAGUUCUGCUUGCACUAGGGAAUGUAAAAAAGAGAAUCAGUGUUUUUAAAUGGCAAUCUGGGGAGAAAGCAAUGUGCCACUGUACAGAACUGAAUAAAAAUUCCUAAUUUGUACUUUCUUUGUGAAGUGAGAUGAAAGGAGUAUACAUUUUGUUAAGGGAAAAGAAAAUAAAACUGUGCCAGUUUUAUACAAGUAGCUUGUAGAAUCUCAGCACUCCUUGGCUUGGCUGGACUGCCUAAAUUCCCACGGCAGCCUGGGUUGAGAACUCAUUCUGGAAUCCUGGGAGCAUCUGCUUGGCCACAGGAAGGUCCAGUGACUAACAGAGUGACCAAGGCAGUUCAUUCUUAACUUCAGAAACAAUUACUGGUAUUGAAAUAUGCAUAUAUUGUUGGGGAACCUAUAAGCAAUGGAAGGUAAAGAAAAACUACAGAAUGGAAAAUGAUGUUUUGGGUGAGCAAACAAAUUAGUUGAGAAUAUAAAUAGUAGAUUUUUUUAAAAGGUAGCCAUGAGUUCAGAUCUGUCAUAUUAUUAAAUAGUUUUUGAUAUUACAACCAAUGCUUAAUUUUCCACAGUAGAGGAACUAGGAAUUGCUAGAUAAUUACUGUAUGGUUAAUCCAGUCAAUAAGUCAUAGGUAGGCCAAAAAAAUAAUUUUAUUUAGGAAUUUGAAUUUUUAUUCUCAUCAAACUUUUUUUUCUUCUAGCAAUGCUUACUAAUUAAAAAAUGAUUUGAGUUGUUUGUUAAUUUCUUUUGCCUAUGUGUUUAUGACUGUGCUAAUGAAUAGUGAAAUUGAUAUGGACAGACAGCUGUCAGGAAGAGGAAGUACAAAAGCCUGAAUAAUCAAGAGUUGGUGGUAUUGAAAUUGUUCUCAAGCCUUUUUAUGAAAAUGAAAUCUUAAAUCACCAAAUGUAAACCUCAGAACACUGCUCUAGGGUUGCUUUCAUUUGGACUGGUGUUAAGAGCGCCUCUUCGUUCUUUGCUUGUAUUGCUCACUUCUUGUGGCUUUGUCUUAGUAAUGUUUUUUGACAAUCACUCCCUAAGACUCUUCUGAACUAGUUGGACCUGGUCAUAGUCGUAGAAAGUAGUCUUUAAUCAUUGGUAGUCUUCUUCGAUUCUUUUUAUAUUUAAAAAGAAAAUGUUUUAUUUGCACUACUGAAUAGGAGGAGUUAAUUAUUUUUUUUUGUUCUUUUUUUGAAGUCAUUACACAGGACUUCACUCCAGUUAUCAUUAUGAGCAUGUCUGGCUCUGGUCACAAAGAAUGGAUAAAAAUGGUUUGUUGUAUUUUUUGCCCUGCAGUGCUGUGAGCCUUACAUCUGUUAACAUGAAAGGCAAAGUCAAGAGCAGCACUGAGCAGCAGGUUUACUUGUUCAUUUUAUGCAUUGUAGAGACUAAUACGUUUGGGACCAAAACCACCUGGAAAUCUCUAGAUCCCAAAAGGACCGGGUGUUUUCUGGAGUAGUCAUUUGUUGGUGCUUUAUUGUAAUCAUUUUGCACCAAUCCCCAACAAUUAGGAACUAGACCCUGGGAAUCAGCUGAGGGUGCUGAACUGUUGGGGGAGGGUGACUGUAGCCAUAUGGAAGAUAAAAUAUGGGUUUUUCUGCAAAAUUUCCACCUGAGGAUUUUUACAUUUAAUAUUUUUUUAAAACAGUUUAAAUAGCAAAAAAAUUUUAAGCGUAUUCUAGUUGCAGAGUAUGCACACAUAUCUUGAAUGGCUUUAUUUUUAUUGUGUAAAACUGUUGAACACAAAUGACUGUGAUGCACAAAUUCUUUCCAUGUGAGGAGUCUAUGCAUUUUACAGUAACUUAUUUUGAUUGGGUAAUGAGACAGUUAUACAUUCAACUGCCAUUAUUUUUAUUAAGUGCUUUCAUUUUCUUUACAGUUAUUACAAAGUUGUAUUUAUUUUAUACAGACGGAUUUUCAUUUUCCUACUGCUGUAAUGUUUAUUACUUCAGCUUGUUGACCUUUCUUUCUAUGUGUGUUUGCAUGUUGUAAUGUGUGAUAAGAAUGAAUGUAAAGGCUGUGGCAACUGUAAUUAAUUUCUGUAAAGGGCUGGUCACAUGUGGAUCUGGUCUAUGAACACAUUUGGGAUGAUUUUAGUAAUCAGAUCACCUUUUCAGAGAUGUAGAUGUGAAUGCCAAAAGAAGCAUUUUCUCAACAAAAAUUAAUAGCUGGUUCUAUUUUUUUUUUAACCUAGAAAAAAAUAAAGUUGAUUUUUUUCAAGUAAAGUGCCCUUAAUUCUUAGUAGUGGUGGCAGGGGGUAGGGGGUGUUUGUGUUUUACAGGAGCCAUGUGGGCAUUAACAUCUGUAAGCAUGAACUUAGAGCAUACGUGGCAGUUGGAUGCUGAGGACAAACUGAAAAACCAAAUGAAAAACAUCAGACCUCCUCCUUUGGUUUUAAACUAUUUCCCCCCUCCUCUCCUCCCCAUCCAGUGGUGUGCUGGUAAAUGUUUGACAGUCCAUUCUCCUGGGAAAAAAUUAUGUAUACAAGUAUACAUAAGCUUGUUAUAAAUUUUGCUGAUAACAAAGAUGUAUAAUACAAUUAACAAAUAAUAACAUAUAAAUACUGUAUUGUAAAUUCCAUAUAGCCAAUUGAAUCUCACAGAAUACUUAAUUGCUUUUUGCUGAACUCUUAUAGCCAACCUAUGAUUACAUUUCAACCACGAUUUGAAAAAAGGUAUUACAUCAUAAUCCACUCACUCAUUUCCCAGUAAAUUUAUUGUCUUUCAAUCUGAUACAUGAUCUACUGUUAAACGGUAUCUUACCCUGGUACAAAUUAUACUCAUUAAGCUAAAACUACUUUUAGCUUCAGCACUAGUUAUAAGUUUAUGUAAUUUAAUUUUAAUAAUCACUUUUAACUGCUUGCAGUAUUCUAAAAUUUAAUGAUUGGCUCUUGGGAGCCAGUAGGAGCUGUCUCCAGCACACCACUGCUCUGUCCUAUUUUUGUUGUUGUUGUUUUUAACUAUUAAUAUUGAAUAAACUUCUCAUAGUUAAUCUCACUGGUCUCAGGAAAUUCCUAUGACUGACCCUGGCAGGGGCCUUAAAGUGUGGGAAAAGCAUUAACAUCAGUCCUGCAGAGCGAGAUUUUGAUUUUUGAAGAAUAUGAUAAAAGCAGACUUUUCCUGAAGUACACGGGAAGCUUGCAAAUUUCUAAAGUUGGUUUUAUGCUUUCAUUGUUCAAAGCUAGUUAAAAAGGUAUAGGCAUCUCUAAGAUUUUGAUUUAAGCAUUUAAAACAUCGAUUUUUUUGUUUAAAACAUAGAUUGAUUCCUCUGAAAAAUUUAAAUGUAUUUAAAUAUCUCGCACAAUCUACCAAAUGAGUUAAAUAGUUAUUGUUCAGUCUACCUCUUCUUUUUCUAUCUGGAUUUAGGGAAGACAGAGAACAGAUUGGGACAGAGACCUGAAAGCAGAUUUGAAGCACUCAGAGAUCUAUUGCUGACCAGCCCUAUUCCUCAUGAGUUGGGGGGGAGGGGGGAGGGAGAAAGCCAUUGUUUUUAAUUCCCACUUAAUAUGAAUACAUUUGUUUUUAAAAUGUUUCAUCCUGCUGAAAUAAUGUAUUUUUUAAAGGGGAAAAAAUCCUUUUUUGGCUCUUAAGAAGUAAGGUGUAUGAGCAGGUACGACCAUAUCAUAACAUGCUGAUAUGAUAGAGAUCAAUAAAUUUUUACCUCUCAGGA